AUGGUUGCUAAAGCCGUACUUUUCGUCUGCGCUCAGGCUCUUGUUAUGCAGUCUAUCUCCGGACAGUGCAUCGGCGCUGGCUGGGCCGAAGCCCCCUACCUCGGCUCUUGGGCAGGCGCUCCCUACGGCGCUGCCGGUUUCUGCGGCGCUGCACCUGGUUUCUCCGGCGGCUCUCUCCCAGUGGCCAGCGCCUCCCCUAUCCCACCGAACGGAGUGUCCGUGCUGUCUGAGAAUGCUUACUGCGGAGAGCUCGCUGUCCGCGGCGCUCUGCCGUUCUUGGGAACUGUGGGACUAGAAGGUGCCAUGCCAUCUGCUGGUUCCGGUUCGGUCGCGUACGGCUGCGGUAACGGAGAGGUCGCCAUGCUGACUGAGGACAUCGGUGCUGCCGCUUAUGCCCCAUGGGGUUACGGAUACGAAGGUCGCGCUGGAUGCGGAUGUGGAUGUGGACGUUUCUACUGAGAAAGACGAUAAUGUUUGCCAUAAAUUUAAUAAUAAACUGA